CAAGUCGGCAGGCUGGCUCCGCUAUUCUGUUCCAAGGAUUACAUGUCCUUCAAACGUCCCUGUCCCUGACUGGUGCUCCACAGAACAUCCUCGUCAGAGUUCACUGUCCUAAGGAAACCCUCCCUGCAGCAUCUCUACCACGAAGCCCCUCAUUUACUAAUUCCUUUCAUCUAAUGACGCCUUGAGAUGACUUUGCCCAUAACAUCCUUCUCAUGGCUCCCUGAUGUCUCUCGGUACAACCGAACCAGCUAUUUCUACCCCACGUACUCAGAGAGCUCGGAGCACAGCCACCUGCUGGUGUCUCCUGUAUUGGUGGCAAGUGCAGUCAUAGGGGUGGUCAUCAUCCUCUCCUGCAUCACUAUCAUCGUGGGCAGUAUCCGCAGGGACCGGCAGGCCCGGCUCCAGCGUCACCGCCACCGCCACCGCCGCCACCAUCACCACCACCACCGCCACCGCCGCCGUUACCACCGAGAGUACGAGCAAGGAUACGUGUCUGAUGGGCACACGUACAGUCGCUCGAGCCACCGGAUACGCUACAGCUGUAGCCCUGUCGAAGACUGGUCCCCUCCCUUGGACCUGAGUUCUGAUGGGGACGUGGAUGCCACAGUGCUUCGAGAUAUAUACCCGGAUUCCCCACCAGGUUAUGAGGAGUGUGUGGGACCAGGAGCCACUCAGCUGUACAUCCCCACGGACGCACCACCUCCCUACUCGCUGACCGACUCCUACCCCGUGCUGGAUGGCAUCCUGUAUGGGGGCAUCAUCCGCAGCCCGGGCCGAUACGAGCAGGCGCAGAGGAUCCUGGGCCAGGUUGGCCUCCACACCAUCUCCAUGGAUACCCUGCCCCCUUACGAGGCCGUGUGCGGGCUUGGCCCCCCAUCAGGUCUGCUGCCGCUGCCGGGCCCAGAACCGGGGCCCAGGAGCUCCCCAGGCUCACCCACCCCGACCCGGGCCCCGGCCUCUCGUCCAGAAAGGAUUCUGUGAGUGACCCAGCCAGCCAGGUCCUGCGGUCCCUCGGGCUGAGCCACAAGGGCGUGCACACACACAGACACACACACACAGGCUUACAAGGGCAUGCGUACACGCACACACACACAGAUACACACACAGCACUCCCACGUGCACACAUAACAUACACAGUUUGUACACCUACACACACACACAGAUGCACACACAGCACUCCCAUGUGCACAUACAGAUAGUUUGUACAAGUACACACACACACACACAGAGAGCUGUGCACACACUUCUACGUGCACACACAGAUAAACGGUUUGUACAUACACAUACACGCUGACACACAUGCACACACACAUCCAGAUACGCACCACACAUGUACAGACAUGUGAAUACACACAGCCCCCCUCCCACAUCCACACAAACCCAUCAGCUAAGGUUUCAUUAAAAAUGAAGCUCUCUUGACCUCCCGUCUCCUCCCCAGCCUGUUGAUUAUGCCUUUGCAGGCAAUGCUGGGAGAAGACAGUUGGAGAGGGACAGGGCCUUGCUCCCCCCUCUCCCUGGCCUGUUUGCCUCUGCCCUCGCCUGGCAGGCUGUGCCCAAACUCUGAUUCUGCCUCCAGAAACUGCCCGACCCUCCCAGGUCGGCCGCCUGCCCCCACCCCCACUCCAGGGCAACACGCCCUCCUGGGCAGUGGGACAGGCCUCAGUGAGGUUCAGCCACACACUGGACCCCUCCCUCAAUUCCAGGGCAGCCACACUAUCACCACCCUGACACUUACGGGGUGAGGGACACGGGCCUGGGGGCCCAGGCACAACCUGGAAGCCCUCA